AUGUCCGUAUUCGUUAAGUGGAGGCACCCACUGUCGGGCGACUCCACUUUGACCGAUCUAGGCUACAGCGAGGUCUUUGAAGCGGGCUCCUUCUACCAUGCUCGCUACAUCGACAACUCCUCGGUCAAAUAUAUCCAGAGCAUCAGCUCCAAGGUUGCGGAUCUCACUCAGAUCCAAGCCUCAGCGCCCGUAGACGCGGUGCUGCAGAACUCGGCCACAGGCUUCUUGCAAGGCGUGUACCCACCCGUUGGUACAAAAUAUGGCUCCAUGAAGCUCGCCAACGGAACGACUGUCCAGUCGCCGCUGCAGGGCUACCAGUUGAUAUCUCUAUCCGUCGUUGCCACCGGUGAGAACAGUGAGGACGCGAACUGGCUGCAGGGUACGACAAGCUGCCCCAAGGCCACUGUCAGCAGCAAUAACUAUUUCCUGUCGAGUCAGUACAAUGAGUUGCUCUCCUCCACCACCGAUUUCUAUCAUUCGCUGGCGCCCAUACUGACUGCGGCUUUCAAUGAGUCCUCCAUGACUUAUCUGAAUGCCUACGAAAUCUUCGACUACCUGAAUGUUGCCCGAAUCCACAACUCGUCGACCGACUUCUCUCAUAGUGGCCUGUUGACCAACUCCGUGUACCACCAACUAAUGACCCUUGCCAAUACCCACGGGUACGGCCUGGCCUACAACGCCUCCGAACCUGUACGGCUUAUUGCUGGUGCUAUCUUGGCCGGCGAGAUCCUCCAGGGUCUCAACAACACCAUCACCGGAACGGGAGAGCUGCUGGAUUUGCAAAUUGGCUCUUACGGCACUAUUUUCUCGUUCUUUGGACUAAUGCGAUUGCCUAAGGCCUCAAUGGAUUUCAACGGUAUUCCAGACUGUGCUUCCUCGUUCGUGUUCGAACUGGUGACCAACGCGACUGGUGGCGGGAUCCCCGUCACCGAUGAGAUUAGAGUGCGCUUCACUCUCCAUAAUGGCACCCUCACCGGAUCUGACGAACCAGUGGGCUACCCAUUGUUUGGCACGUCGAACGAGCUGAUCUCUUGGUCCGAUUUUGUUUCGGAAACGCAGAAGAUUGCUGUCACCAGUGACACGAACUUGUGCGAGAUGUGCGAACUCAUGACGGGUUCCUGUGCAACCUUAGACUCGAACGCUUCUAUAACGGCCGAUGAUUCGUCCUCCGGCUCUGAUGGUGUCUCGCGUCCCGUUGCUGGUGUGAUUGGGGCCAUGGUCACGUUGGCAGUCAUUUUGGGUCUUGAAGCGCUCUUUUUCCUGACCGGUGGCUUCACCAUCACGCAGCGGCGCAAGGUGGAUCGGGUGGCAGGCACUGGGGGUGCCAUGACCGGGGACAAGAAAUAG